CAUUUCCAGCUUGGGGCCUGUCACUCUAAGCCCUAGGCAUUUCAUGGCCGACAGAGAAGGGCAGUGUGUUCUCUUUGGGCUGCUUGCCAUUCACAGUUCUCUGGGGGAUUGAUUUUCCUCUCCUCUGUUUUCAGGAUGGCCCUCUUUCCUUCUGCUGUCCCAUCAUUUACCAAAGCUCUCCAUUUUUCCUUCAGUAAAAAAAAAAAAAAAAAGUCGUCCCAUGGGUUAAGUGGUGGAUAUCCAGGACCCAUCAGCAAGGUUUCUUCCUCCUCUGGGUACGAGCUCUUUACUGCCCUGAAGACUUGUGGCCAAGGUGAAGAGAAGAUCCAGGAAUCUUUAUUCACAAAUACCACCUGGCUGCAAAAAGAAUUAAACAGGAAACAACAACAUCAUGCAAAAGUCCUGCAAAGAAAAAGAAGAAAAGCCCAAGUGCAGUGAGCCAAAGGUAGAGGGUGAACAACCCCAUGGAGCAUUUGAAGCCCGGCAAAUGGAAGGGAAUUUCAGACAGAGGCUGCUUCAGUCUCUUGAAGAAUUUAAAGAAGACAUAGACUAUAGGCAUUUUAAAGGUGAAGAAAUGACAGGAGAGGAAGAUGAGAUGGAAAGGUGUUUGGAAGAAAUAAGAAGUCUGAGAAAAAAAUUUAGGGCUCUGCAUUCUAACCAUACUCAUUCUCGGGAUCAUCCCUUUUAAAGCAGUAGCCUCAGAAAUUAUUUUCUGUUAAUAUUUCCACUGUUUUCUGUUUCAAUUUUUCUUUAUAAGUAAUUGCCAUCAUUUCACUUCAAUAUUUCAGUAUCAGUUAUGGUCAUAUACAAACCUCAUGUUGUCUACACCUCACCUUCCAGAUUUACCCCACGGAUUUAAUAAGAAGUUUUAUUCAUUUACAUGAAAGGACAAUCAUUUAGUAAUUUAUCGUAAACUAAAAAUUGCAAGCUAUGAAGCACUGUGUAUGCCUUAUGUAUUCAUUUAUGCAUAAUACCAUGCAAAGCUUAUUCUAUGCCAAAGAGGUGAAUCUAUGUAUUCUGUGUUCUCUUGUUUUCCAUACAAUGAAUAUAUAUAUAUGUAAUUUUAAUUUUGUAUCCCAAAAAGGAAAACAAUUAGACAUAAAUGAAAAAGAUUUAUCAGUCGCUUUUGGAAAGCAGUGGAACAGCAUCUUUUUAAUAGCAGAAGUAUAAGAAAGGCAUGUCAACUGCUAAUUAUUUUUGGAUUCCUUAGCCAGAGUAAUAAA